UCCUCCUGCCCAAGGAUGCUGGAUCUCGGACCGAGAUGGCUGAGGCUCGUCUGCUUGUCCCUUCUGUGUCUGUGCCUGUGCCUGCCGAGGGAAUCGAGCGCCAGGAGAGCCCCUAAGAUACCCCGCUGUCCUGCGACCUGCUCCUGCACCAAAGACAGUGCCUUCUGUGUGGAUACCAAGGCGAUCCCCAAGAGCUUCCCCCCUGGAAUCAUCUCUCUGACCAUGGUGAAUGCAGCUUUUACUACAAUCCCAGAGGGAGCUUUCUCACACCUUCACCUGCUGCAGUUCCUGUUGUUGAACUCCAACACAUUCACCAUGGUCGCUGAUGAUGCCUUUGCUGGUCUGUCUCACCUGCAGUACUUGUUCAUUGAGAAUAAUGACAUCCAGGCUCUCUCAAAGUACACCUUCAGAGGACUCAAAUCCCUGACACAUCUAUCCCUCUCAAACAACAACCUGCAGCAGCUGCCCAGAGAUCUCUUCAAACAUCUAGACAUCCUGACCGAUUUAGACCUGCGGGGGAACUCUUUCCGCUGUGACUGUAAAAUCAAGUGGCUGGUAGACUGGAUGGAGAAGACCAACACCUCUGUUCCUACCAUCUACUGUGCCAGCCCCUUUGAAUUCCAGGGACGCAGAAUAAAUGAUCUCGUACCGCGAGACUUCAGCUGCAUCAGCGCAGAUUUUGCUGUUUAUGAAACCUUCCCUUUCCACUCUGUGUCAGUGGAGUCCUAUGAGUUCAGUGGGGAUCAGUUUGUGGCCUUUGCUCAGCCUGAUUCAGGGUUCUGCGCCGUGUAUGUAUGGGAUCAUGUGGAGAUGGUCUUCAGGAGGUUUCACAACAUUACUUCUCGCUCUGCUGUGUACUGCAAACCAGUGGUGAUAAACAACACACUUUACAUGGUCGUGGCUCAACUUUUUGGUGGAUCUCAUAUCUACAAGUGGGAAGAGGGCCCGCAGCGCUUUGUAAAGAUCCAAGACAUAGACACCACUCGAGUGAGGAAGCCCAACUUUGUGGAGACCUUCCAGCUGGAUGGAGAGUGGUACUUCGUAGUAGCAGACAGCUCCAAGGCAGGCUCCACCAGCAUUUAUCGCUGGAACAGCAAUGGUUUUUACUCCCACCAAUCCCUCCAUCCCUGGCAUCGAGACACCCAUGUGGAGUUCCUUGAUGUUGGGGGAAAGCCUCUCCUUAUCCUCUCCAGCGCUUCUCAACCCCCAGUAGUUUACCAGUGGAGCCGAAGCCAGAGGCAGUUUACUUUCUACUCCCAAAUCACAGAGCUGGCCGACGUGCAGAUGGUUAAGCACUUUUGGGUGAGGAAAGUUCUUUACCUUUGCCUCACACGCUUCAUUGGUGACUCCAAGAUCCUCCGCUGGGAAGGGCAGCGUUUCAUAGAGAUCCAGACUCUUCCAUCUCGGGGCUCAAUGGCAGUGUAUCCUUUCACAGUGGGCCUCCGCCAGUACCUCAUUCUUGGAAGUGAUUUCUCCUUCUCCAGAGUAUACCUAUGGGAUGACCUCACUCAGCGCUUUCAGCCCUUCCAGGAGCUCAACAUGAGAGCCCCGCGGGCAUUCAGCUUGGUGUCCGUCGACAACAAGGAUAUUCUGCUGGCUGCCAGCUUCAAAGGCAACACCCUGGCCUACCAGCACCUGGUGGUGGAUCUCAGUGCCAAGUAGACAUGUUACAGUCAGAGAGAAAGGAGGUGUGUCUGAGCAUAUAGCAACCUGUGCCAAAUAAAUGAAAGACUGCAAAAUGUUUAAGCCAUGUAACUAAAGGUCUGCUGUUUCACCUGAUGUUUCAAGCGAGGCAACUAAUUAAACUAUUAAUCUCUUUUUAUGCACUAUCCCUUAACAUCUGAAUGAAAUGAGGUGAUCAUAUACAGCAUCAGUAACAUGCUAACAUAAGUGCCAUGUCACUGUCGAAUCACUGCUUCUGUUCUGCCCACCACAUGUCAAGGCCAAUUAUUUUUUGAAAGUGUAUGUUGUACUUUACUAAUGUGAAAAUGAUGUGCAUGUGCAUAUUAUAUUCUGAAUUAUUCAUUGGAUGAGACUAGAAAAUAUAACUGGCUGUAAAACUAUGAAGGUUUUGUAAAUUACAUGGUGUAGUUUAUCUGUGUUGCAUUUUGCAUGACACUGUACAAACGAUAUAACUAUGUGAAACAAGCAAUACUUACCAUUGCAAUACUUUAAAUCUAUUAUGUUCGUCUUUAUAUACGAGAUAUCCUUGAAUCUGUUUUGGAUUUAAUGUUUGUUCUGCAAUAAUAACAUGUGACCAGACCCAGCCUGAGGAAACUAAAUGUA